UUCUCAUUUCCUCUUUGCAGAGGAAUUUGGCAAAGGGCAUUGGUUAAAUAAUAAGACACUCUCGUUAGAGUGCUCGUCCCUCGUGCCCUUACCUGCCUAUUCCAACUAUCUGGCAAAAUCAUGUCUUUGAACCAAAAUGCCGAGUUGAAACCAAGGAUGGGCUCUUUUAAGAAGAGGAGCUCUUCUAAGAAUUUGAGGUAUUCAAUGACCAAGAAAAGAAGAAGUAGCAAAGUGAUGUCUGUGGAGAUCAUCGAGGAUGUGCAUGACGCCGAGGAGUUGAAAGCGGUUGACGCCUUUCGCCAAUCGCUUAUACUCGAUGAGCUACUCCCGGAGAAACACGAUGACUACCAUAUGAUGCUUAGAUUUUUGAAGGCCAGAAAAUUUGAUCUUGAGAAAACCAAACAGAUGUGGACUGAAAUGCUUAAAUGGAGGAAGGAGUUUGGUGCUGACACUGUCAUGGAGGAGUUUGAUUUCAAGGAAAUUGAUGAAGUGUUGAAAUACUACCCUCAAGGACACCACGGAGUUGACAAGGAAGGACGACCUGUGUACAUUGAGAGGCUAGGUCAAGUAGAUUCUACCAAGUUGAUGCAAGUCACAACCAUGGAUAGGUAUGUGAACUACCAUGUUAGGGAGUUUGAGAGGACCUUCAAUGUUAAGUUACCAGCGUGCACCAUCGCAGCAAAGAAGCAUAUUGAUCAAAGCACAACUAUUCUUGAUGUCCAAGGAGUGGGACUCAAAAACUUCAACAAGGCUGCUAGAGACUUGAUCACACGUCUUCAAAAGGUCGACGGUGACAACUAUCCUGAGACCUUGAACAGGAUGUUUAUCAUCAAUGCUGGCUCAGGAUUCAGAAUGUUGUGGAACACGGUUAAGUCCUUCCUUGACCCAAAGACUACAGCAAAGAUCCAUGUGCUUGGCAACAAGUACCAAAGCAAGUUGCUUGAGAUAAUUGAUGAGAGUGAACUUCCUGAAUUCCUUGGAGGUUCAUGUACCUGUGCUGACGAAGGAGGCUGCAUGCGCUCUGACAAAGGCCCAUGGAAAAACCCAGAGAUCAUGCAGAAAGUUCAAAAUGGUGAUCACAAAUGCUCAAAGAGAUCCCAAGCUGACAACAUUGCAGAGGACACCAUCCCUGAGGGAAAUGAUGAAUCUACAACAGAGCCGGCUUCUGAAGAGGAAAAGGCUUCAACAGGGGUCGAAAUUGUCCCGGCCGCUCACCCAGCCUGGAACGUGCCAGAAGCUCACAAAUUUUCCCUCUCAAAGAAAGAAGUUUAUGCUAUUCAAGAAGCGUGUAGCAACGCUACAAACGAUGGAGGGAGGUCUCCUAUUUUCACCGGGGUCAUGGCUCUUGUGAUGGGUGUUGUCACGAUGAUUAGAGUGACUAAAAACGUUCCAAGGAAACUUACCGAGUCAACCUUAUACUCGAGCCCUGUGUACUGCGACGAUGCGUCAAUGAACAAGAGUGCCAUGCAGUCAGAGAAAAUGACUGUGCCUGCAAUCUCAGGGGAAGAUUUCAUGGCCAUCAUGAAACGAAUGGCUGAGCUGGAACAGAAAGUGACCGUCUUAAGCGCGCAGCCAACAGUUAUGCCUCCGGAUAAGGAAGAGAUGCUUAACGCUGCCAUUAGCCGGUCCAAUAUCUUGGAGCAAGAGCUUGCUGCAACCAAGAAGGCUUUGGAUGAUUCACUUGGUCGUCAGGAGGAGCUAGUGGCGUACAUCGAGAAAAAGAAGAAGAAGAAGAAGAUUUUCAACUACUGGUGAGGAACCAUUAAGGGGGAGAAAGCCUCUUGAAGAGUUAGAGGCUUGCAUGGUGGAUUGAUAAUGUUACUUUUUGUGUGUGUGUGUGUGUGUAUUGUGUAUCCAAAUGUCUCGACCAAUGCGUGCGCUCACAAAUCAUCAAAGCCAAAGCUAACUGUAAAACCAAUUUCUCGUUUUUAACCAAAAAAAUUAUUAAAGAAAGUUGAAAAGAAAGAAAAUUUUGUUCUUUCUUUCUGUGUAUAUUAUUAUACUUUCUUAUAAAUUUUCAUGUACAUCUAAAUUGCAAAUUGUAUUUUGUCACAUUAUAUGAAAUUA